AUGUCACAAGACAAAGAGGACGUCGAAUUUCAGCAGAGGGCGGUUACUGGUGGUGGUAGCCAGGAGAAAGACAGUAGCAACGACAGCAACGACAGCAACGACAGCAACAAUAGUAACAGUAACAAUAUCAACAACACCAAUAACACCAAUAACACUCAUAGGAAACUCAGCAGACGCGAGAAGAAGUUCUACAAGUCACAGGACCAGCUCAUCGAAUCUUAUUUGCACAACGACAACGCGAGUACGCAUACAAGCAACGACAACCUCCGAGUACAGCUGGCCAUCUACGGUUCCAUGGCAGCCGCCUUCUUCCUCACCGGUCUCCAGCUCUAUGCGGCGAUAAGCAGUCUCAGCUUGAGUUUCUUCUCGACGCUAAUAAACACGCUAUUCGACCCAAUAUCCAACAUCCUCCUCGACUGGUUCUACAAGAAGUCACUCAAGCUGAACAAGAACAAAUGGCCCGAUGGCGGAUCGCGGCUGACGAGCAUAGCCAAUUGCUGUUUUAGCUUUAUAAUGAUAAUGGUCAACUUCUCCCUCAUAGUUGAGUCUGUCCGCUCGCUGAUAGUUGGCAAAUCGAGUACGCAAGCGAGCAGCGAGAGCGGGGUGGUGAAUGGGCUACACGUCCCCUCUAUAGCAGCCGUAGGAGUGGCAUUCCUCGUGAAGAUAGUCCUCUUUGUCUACUGUGGGCUGUGCAAACACCUCAGCUCACAAGUGGAGAUGCUUUUCAUCGACCAUCGCAACGAUCUCCCUGUGAACGGCUUCGGUAUCCUCACCAGCGCCGGUGGCAGCGUGCUGCGAUGGUGGAUCGACCCACUGGGCUCGAUUGUGAUCAGCAUAGCCGUAAUUACUGUCUGGAUCGUUACUCUCGUCCGCCAGUUCAAUUGUCUCGCCGGCGUAAGCGCUGUAGAGAAAGUACGCAAGCGCGUCCUCUACAAGACUAUCAAACUCGAUGCGAGGAUAAUGUAUAUCGACUCGUGCUACGUCUAUCACUGCGGUCAUGACCUAAAUGUGAGAGUAGCUGUCGCGCUCGAUCGAUCCACGCAGCUUCACUCGGCUCAACAACUCGCUCUUAACCUCCAGAACGAACUGCGGGGGAUUGAGAAUGUAAAUGGGGUAUUUGUGGAGCUAUUAGCGGCGGAGGCAACCAACACAACCAACUUAUUUCAACCACAGCAUAUCUUUAUGCCAUACGAUCUCAGCACUAUCGAUGAGACGGAGAGUGGUAGUGCUAGCCGCACUCAUAGCACUUCUAGUGGGCGGAUUAGUCUGGAGACUGGAUACCCCUCGCGCUCGGAUGACUCAGUGCGCUCCUACAACUCUCAAGGAUAUACACACAACCGCCUUACUCUCACACAUCCACACCCUCAUUCACUCGUUUAG